CAAGCGCGCACGCGAUGGUCCCAGCGCGCGCUUGAGAGAGCGCUUGUCCUCGCGCAGCGCUUGUGUGGGUGUGUGUGGCACAUGGAGGAAUAGGUCACACUCUGGAAUCAGGGCGAAGGGAUCUGGAAAAAUAGGGGGAAAGCGCUGCCAUGAGAGUUGAACAGGAUUUUGAGCAUGGGGAAAAGUCUGCCAACUCGAGCCAAAUGCUGCUUAACCAGCUCAAAGAGAUCACUGGCAUUCAGGAUCUACAGGUUCUCCAGAGCGCCCUGAACGCAAGCCAAGGUGACAUCAGCCAUGCCAUCGGGCUACUGACCACUCAGGCCCCAGAGGAGGAGAACAUGCCCGAAGAGCCCACUAAAGUCAACAAUGAGAGACAGAAUGGUCCUGCUAAAGACGAUCUGCAGACCGCCAUUGAGCUCAGUCUACAGGAGUCACAGCAGGUCGAAGCAGAGAGGAUAGAGCUCCACAGGGUUCUCGAUGUUAGUGCUGAAGAGAAUGCAGCUCGCAUGAAGAGGAAGAGGUGUGAGGGGUCUGGAGAGAGCUGCAGCCCUACUGACUGGAUUCGACAAGAGGACUGGCCGGUGGGCAUCCGGAAUGUGGGAAAUACCUGUUGGUUCAGUGCUGUCAUUCAGUCACUGUUCCACCUGCCAGUCUUCCGUCGACUGGUGCUCAACUACUGCCUGUCUGAGCGAGUGCUGGAGAAAUGCAAGAGUCAUUCAGAGAAAAGAAACAUUGCCUUCAUGCAGGAGUUGCGAUGUCUGUUUGCCCUUAUGGUGGGUUCAAACCGUAGGUUUGUAGAUCCCUCUGCAGCAGUCAAGCUUCUCAGGGAUGCAUUUAGAACCAGUGAAGCACAACAGGAUGUCAGUGAAUUCACACACAAGUUGCUUGAUUGGCUAGAGGAUGCUUUCCAACUGGCUGCUAAUGGAACUAACCCAGAUGAUAAACAAAACAACCCAAUGGUGCAGCUGUUUUAUGGAACAUUUGUGGCCGAGAGACUUCAUGAAGGAAAGAUUGUGUCCAACAUUGAGCAAUUUGGACAAUACCCUCUCCAAGUAAAUGGCUUCAAUAACUUAGAUGAAUGUUUGGAGGGUGCUAUGGUUGAAGGAGAGAUUGAGUCCCUUCAUUCAGAUCAGACAAUUUCCUCCGGUCAGGAGAGGUGGUUCUCCAAGCUACCACCAGUAUUGACCUUUGAGCUGUCCAGAUUUGAGUUUAAUCAGUCUUUAGGGCGACCAGAAAAAAUACACAAAAAACUGGAGUUCCCCCAAGUGAUCUAUAUGGACAGAUACCUUCACAAAAAUGUUGAACAGACCCAUGGUAGAAGAGGAGAGGUCAAGAGACUCAAGGACCAGUUAACUGUUCUACAGCAGAAACUUGAGGGCUAUAAAAACUAUGGCUCGGGGCCAGCAAAAUACCCUUUGGCAGACAUGUUGCAGUAUGUACUGGAGUUUGCCACCACAAAGCCCACGAGUGUAUCACCUGUCACCCCAAUACCUACGAACCCUACCGUAAAAACAGAACCCAGCUCAAGUGACACCAGUCAAACAGAACCAGAUGAUGCUGGCUCGUCAAAUGGUUUUAGCUGCCUGCAGACCACUACACAGAGAAGUCCCAUACACAAGCCUUUUACUCAGUGCAGAUCCCUUAUGGAGUUGCCACUGCAACCAGCCCCCCACAGUGUGACUGAGGAGGAGCUGUACUUCGUCAGGGGCUGCAUACAGCGCUGGAGAGCAGAGGUUGAGAACACUAUAAACGAACUGAAAGCCAGCAUUGACAAGGUCAGCCAGGCCCUGGAGGGAAUGUACUCAGAUAACAGUCUGUGCCAGGUGCCCUACAGGCUACAUGCUGUGCUUGUCCAUGAGGGACAGGCCUCUGCUGGUCAUUACUGGGCCUACAUCUAUGAUCACGCUAAUAAACGCUGGCUGAAGUACAACGAUGUACUGGUUACUGAGUCGACUUGGGAAGAGCUGGUCCGAGACUCAUAUGGAGGCAUGACCAACGCCAGUGCCUACUGCCUCAUGUACAUCAAUGACAAGUUAACACACCUCAUAGCAGAGGACACAGAUGAUGAAACAGGGCAGGUUCUGAAAGGAAUGGACUCUCUCCCGCCCAUCCUGAGACGUUAUGUUCGGGAGGAUAACCGCUGGUUCCAGCAGGAACUGAGAGAAUGGGAAGAGCAGUUCUGCCAAGCCCAGCAUGAAGAACCGCAAGAACUUCAAACUAACGAUUCCACCAACACGGAAGAACCAGUCCCAGAACAACCACAGAAUCCAGAGCAAAAACCAAAACAAGAACCAGCCCAAGAACACACACAUGAAGUAACUGAAGAACCAUCUUCAGAUCCAACACCAGCACCUACACAGGAAUGUGAAGAGCCUGUGGCCAGUUCAGCAGCUCUCAAUUCAAUAUCAUCUGAACCCAAUGUGAAUGUGAGAGAGGGAAAUGAGGAGGAUGUCACAAGAAGUUUGGUACAUGGCCUGCCAGAAGAGGAGAAGCCAGAGCAGAGUCAGCAGCCUGAUGCGGAGUCAGCCUCUGAAGACAAAGCUGAUGAGGGAGGACCAGAGGCAGAAACAGACACACAGCCCCAGCCAGAGGCCUCAUCCACAGAGGAAAACCCAGCCGCAGUCACACGCAGGCAGCCUGAGAAUGAGGUAUCUGAGGUGGAGAUACCCAAUGUAGGCAAGAUUCUGGUGCGCACUGAUGCAGAUGGCUACAAUGAGGAGAUGAUGCUAACCCCAGCCAUGCAGGGUGUUAUUCUUGCUAUUGCCAAAGCAAGACAAGCCUUUGACAAAGAUGGGCCAGAAGCAGGACUCAUUAAGGCGUUCCAUGAGGAAUAUUCCAGAUUGCAUGAGCUGUCCCAGGAGGAAGCUACACCCCAGCAAGACCCUCGACUCCAGCAUGUACUGGUCUACCUCUUCCAGAAUCAGGCGCCUAACCGUAUCAUUGAGAGGACAUUAUUGGAGCAGUUUGCAGAUCGUAACCUGAGUUUUGAUGAUAGGGCCAUCAGUAUCAUGAGAGAGGCCAGAACUAAACUUCGUCUCAUUAAACCAGAAGACAUGGACAUGGAUGAGUAUUUGCAAUGGCAUGAUGACUACAGCAUGUUCAAGACAGUGUUUGCCUACCUGUUGACAGGUCUUGAGCAGUAUCAGAAUGGAAAAAUAAGAGAAGCACUGAAUUAUCUUGCACAUGCACACCAGGACAACUUAGUCCUUCUCAGAAAAGGGGAAAAGAAAGGAGUGGACCAGUCGCUUAUUGCACUUUACAGGAGAAGAUGUCUAAAAGAGCUUAAUGACAAGGCAGCCACACUCUUUAAAAGUCAAGAUGUGAAUGACAUAGCAGAGGGAGAGACCAUCAUGAACGAAUGUGUUAUCCCUUGCAUGCAUCUUAUGGUAAGAGACAGCAUCAGUCAAGAGGACUUGGAUGUCAUCGAGCUGAUUAGGAAUUGCUGGUGCUCCUACCUGGGCCAGGACAUGGAUGAUUCUCUGCAGGAAAAGCUCAGUGUAUUCCUACCUAGGGUCCUGGACUGUUCUGCUGAAAUGGUGGUGCUGAAGGAGCCGCCCAAAGUGAGGAAAUCCUCCCAUGAUCUUUGUAGCCGCCUUGCUGCUGUCAUGGAGUCCAUUCAUAGCACCUCAAUUGUCAUUGUGAAGUGAAGCAAUAUCCUGUGAGACAAGGUUGAAAAAGAUCACAGUACUGUCACAAGGUGAUUUAGUCUGUUUCAGCCUGAGCUCUCAAACCCUGUUUUUUGCUGCACAAUGACUAUGGAGUUUUGUGUUUCUUUUGUCAAAAAUGAUUUUGUCAUGACAUGGCACACUGUUCUGUAUGUGUUCUGAAUUCCUUGAAGGGAUAUUUGAUUGGCUGAUCUCACUCUUUGUAGACAUUUGAUCUCAGGAAAGAUCAAACUGAAUAAAUUUUCUAAAGAGCUGAUAUAAGACUGCAGGUUUGAUAAGAGGGCAGUGAAGGCAGAGUGUACAUUUUUACCCUGCAGUUCUCUUCACUUCAACCUAAGAAAUACAGUGUUGCAUAAAAAUAGUAUUUUAUAGAUAUUUGCUGAAGUCACUUUAUUUUAGUCUACACUUAGCUGAAGAUCCUCUAUGUAUUCUAUCUUUGUACAGUAAGUUUGUCUGAUUUUCCACUCCUUUGUUCUACCCCUCUCUUGACUUUCAAUAAAAUUUUGAUUUCUCACUUU